CAUGAAACCCAGAGCGCAGUUGUGCCGCGGUUCUCGCUAGGAAACGAUCAAUAGCUGUGGUGUAAGACUGGGAUCUAUUUAGGCGUCUGUCAGACGUGAUUCACGUUUUACUCUGACUUUACGUCUCAUAUUUCUAAUUUUUUUCUUGCUCUUUUUCUAUUCUUUUCCAAUGUUUGCGACUCCUGGUGCACCACGUUGAAAUCGGAGCGCACGAGACUGCUGCUCCGUUACAUAGAACGAAAUCAUCAGAGUCGCGUACAAACGCUAGAAACAUGCGGGUGUCGAACCUUACGGUGGUGAUUAUCACCCUGAUCAUUAUCGCUGAAGGCCCUUUGGGAAGGACCGAAAGCAUUUCGUACAAAACGGUCAAAUCUUGGGCUCACAAACUCGGCUUUGAGCUGUCGCAACUUGGAAAAUUCGUGACUCGAGUGCAGGAACUUCAAGAGAGCUACAGACAAGCCGAGGUGAAACCUAGGGAUGGGAAUGCACUCGUCCAAGAGAUAGCAAAAGAUAUUGGAUUCAUGAUGGAGUCGAAGAUAUCCGCAGUGAAGCGCAUUAUGGACGUGGCUGAAAGCCUUGCGGAGCACGCUGAGAAUGAGAAGGUGCCUACAGAUCUUGAGUACAUCAACGCUAAAAAUCAUACUUUAGACAUGACGUACAGCGCACAUUUUGGACGUCGAGUGAAUCUGGAGCAUUCAAAUUUUCACAUACCUACGAAUGUCUUCGACAGAGCUCGACCCGUAAUCGAGGCGAUAGCGUGGGCGCAGAAGCUGAACUCGACCUUUAUAAACAACUAUGACCUCGAUCCGUCCUUAUCGUGGCAGUACUUCGGAAGCGCGACUGGUUUUAUGACGCAGUAUCCUGCGAUCAACUGGACAAUGGAACCCGUAGAUCUUUUCGACUGUCGAACUCGUAGUUGGUACAUAGAGGCGGCUUCAAGCCCCAAGGACAUUUUGAUUCUGGUAGAUAACUCAGGGAGUAUGACGGGCAUCCGAAAAGAGAUCGCUAGACACGUUGUAAAUACCAUUUUGGACACUCUGGGCAACAAUGAUUUCGUUAAUAUCAUAACAUUUUCAAACGAGACACACGAAGUAGUACCCUGCUUCAAGGACACUCUCGUACAGGCGAACCUGGCCAAUAUUAGGGAGCUGAAAAUCGCCAUGGGAGAUGUGGAUACGGAUAGAAUAGCGAAUUUUACCGGUGCUCUAAAUCGCGCCUUCGAACUCCUUGAGACUUAUCGAGACAUCAGGGAGGGUGCAAGGUGCAAUCAAGCUAUUAUGCUCGUAACUGACGGCGUCCCAUACAACCACAAAGAGAUAUUUCAGCGGUACAACUGGCGUGACAAUCCUGAGGAUCCAGACAAGGCCGAUAUGCCUGUUAGGGUUUUCACGUAUCUGAUCGGUCGAGAAGUUGCCGAUGUUAGAGAGGUCAAAUGGAUGGCAUGCGCUAACCGAGGAUAUUACGUGCAUCUUUCUACUAUGGCAGAGGUCUGCGAGCAGGUUCUCAAUUAUGUCCCGGUGAUGGCUAGACCUUUGGUAUUGCGGCGUACGGAUCACCCUGUGAUAUGGACGCCCGUUUACGCCGACGUUACUGAUCCCAAAAUGACGGACUGGUUGUGGGACCAAAAAGAAAGAACUGAACAACGCGAGAGAUUCCAAAGGUACAGGAAGAAUCGAAAUAUAUUCAACUCCAGGGAAGACCAAGACCGGAGAUUUGUUAGAAAGCACAAAAUGACCUAUGGCCAAGACAAUGCAGGUCUCCAAGAGUACAGGCUCAUGACGUCGGUCAGCGUUCCUGUAUUCAAUCGAAGACCCAACGCGAACAUCACAGAGCAGGUACUGGUGAACGAAGCCUACUGGGUGACCAGGACUCGAGAGACGCGGAUUGCCGACCUUCUUGGUGUAGCCGGAAUCGACGUACCCAUAAAAGAAAUUGAAAGACUGAUGCUACCGCAUAUGCUCGGCGUUAACGGUUACGCUUUCAUAGUGACCAACAACGGUUACAUUCUCAUACACCCCGAUCUUCGAGCCGUCUUUGAGAAUAUCCUCAAGCCAGCAUACAACAGCGUCGAUAUGGCGGAAGUCGAGCUAAUGGAUCAAGGAAAUGGUCCCCGGGAGUUCGAAGCCGGCCUGCUCGAGUUCCGCAACGCCGUCAUAAACCAAAAUACCGGAAGCGUUGUGCUCCAUACGAAGUACCAUUAUGACGACAUGCAACGGGUGGGUAGGAUAAAGAGAAAAUAUCACUACACGAAGAUCGAUAAGACGCCAUUUACCGUGGUAGUCGCUCUUCCUGAGCUCGAUCAUGGUGGAAGCUACCGAGUCCACGCAAUCGAGGAGAUUCAUCGGUAUCAGCACGAGAAAGGUAAAGUUGUGACUGACUAUUUCACGGGUAGUAACUGGCGGGUACAUCCGGACUGGGUUUACUGUGGGUACCACUAUGAGAAUCCAGAACACAAAUUUAACACGUCAGAGCAGGAGUUACUCCACUUUUUGAAACGCACCCGCCAACCGGGGUGGAAGUGGAUGGACAACAGAGUCGGAUCCCAACCCCCGGAACUUUCUCACAAAGGAUCUCCUCCCUCCAACGAUGGCAGGGUGGACAAACUCUCUUACUACUGUGAUAGAAAUCUUCUGCUGAGUCUUGUUUUUGACGCAAAGGUAACCGAGUGGUUCGCCAACACAAGCACCACCCACGAGGAAAAAGGACCCUUAGCUAUGCUGAUGAACCUACUGCCCAGGAAAGAAUUCCAACAACGUUUCGGCUUCACCUUGGCUUUCAUGGCGACCCACAGCGGGCUUACUCGAUGGCAAGACUUUCCCCUUGAAAACGACACACAGCCAGAGGACCAUUUUGGCAAACUACACCCUAGGGCGAAAGACGAAGUCUGGUACAAACGAGCAGUUGAACAGCACUACGUGCAACCGGACAGCUUCGUUUUUUCUGUACCAAUCGACGAUGCUGGGGCUGAUAACGAGACCCUCGUCACCGCAAGCCACGCCAUAUUUAUAAGUGACGGAAAAUCGAAGGCACCGGCAGCAGUCGUUGGUUUCCAGUUCAAGCAUUCUAAACUCCAGGGUCUCUUCAGAAAUAUAACGUACAGUUGUGAGGGACUUGGUAACUGUCAGAGGAGCUGCCAAGAUGAGGGUUUAGAUUGCUACCUUGUAGACAACAACGGGUAUGUCAUUGCAGCAGAAAUCGCAGCCGAUGCUGGACGAUUUUUCGGUGAGAUUAGCAGUCUGGUGAUGAGAAGUCUUGUCAAAGAAGGAAUCUUCGAUGAAAUCACUAUCUACGAUUAUCAGGCAGUCUGCUUCAAGAAUGAAGGCGCCGCAAAUCAUGGUAGCAUAUUGAUGACGCCUCUCAAGACCUUAGAAAGAGCUGCAAGUUGGGUUCUUGGCCAAAUGGCUUGGGCCUGGGCGAAAAGUGGAAUAAUGUCUUCGGCCGACUACGCUCACGCCUAUUCUUACCCGGGUGAUGAAGAGGAAGAACAAGAAGAGGAGGAAGAAGGGGAGAUCGUUGAAGACGAGGAGGACAUAGAAGACGCGGUUUUACCGCGAGAAAUGGGCCUUCAAGACGAUCAAGAAGACUCAGAUCAACAUGCCGCAGAUCCAAAAGAUGAGAAAAACUUUGAUCAGAAAGUCCUAAUCAACCGAACAAGACCCACGACUUGCGAUCAGGAGAUGAAGCUGUAUCUCCUACAAAACGUCUCAGCAUCAAAAUACGACGUGGAUUUUAUAUCCGUGGACGAUGUUACGCGUGAUUGCGAGCGUCCUUACGUUGUACAGCCAGUAGAUUCGAGCAACAUGAUUCUACUCGUGAUAAAUACGAUGUGUCCAAAGAUUUUCGAGUCGCCUUUGACGGUUAUGCCCAAAGAGAUUGAUUACAAGGAACACUUAGCGUGUAAAAAGGUCGCCAAUCCUCUCACGAGGCGAAGACCAGCGUCUUGCAUCAGAAAUCACACAAAGGAGAGAGAAAUCAAGGAUCUGUGCGGAAGAAGUCCUCCGGGGCUCAAAAUAUCUUUUGCGGCAAUUAUUUUUCCGAUUUUAUUUACGGUGGUGACACCGGCAUGCUUUUUCUCAUCAUCAGCGACGAUUUUGCGGGGCUAAGGUAUUAUCAAUGUGAAUGAAAAUCUAUUCGCUGAUAUUAAUUGGAAGACAAACUAGCUUGGGAAUUUGCGGGGAUUCGCACCGCUAGGGAUUAAUCAAACAUCAGUUCAUUACGGACAUAGAAGCCAAUUCAAGCUAUACAUAAUUACUCAACGCGGUGCUCUUUGUGUAUCAUAUUAUUAUAUACGGUCGAAAUUUCGUAAUAUUUUAUUAAAUUCGUGGCUAUGCAGAAAAAUAGGCCAGCGAUUAUGCGCGUAUGAUGCAGUAUAGAUGCAGUCGGUUGAAUCAUACGAAGCCAUCAUAAUAGUUAUACUUCUAAGUAAUUAAAAAUGGGUAUACUUACCUAGUUCCUAGAUGUUUUUUCUAGUCAAUAAACACGUAACCGUUCACAAGGUGGUGUAAGGGCCAGAUUAUCAUUCGCAGGUAAUCAAAAAACGUGUUACUUAUAACUUAGGUAUAUCUACCCGUUAAUUAAAAAAAUAAACGAGAAUAUAAAACGAUCCGUACUUUUUAGCUUCGAACUCAGUAAUUAUCUAAUAAUUGAUCAACUAAUAUCAGGGUUGGAUUAUACCAAUUCAUGAUGAUCACUUGUCCGUUUUUUGAAUAAGCAUGUGUACAUACAUAGCAAAUUUUAGUUAUAUAUGUUAAAUUUAUGAUCAUUACGUCAAAUGAUAAUAUCAUAUAAUAUGCAUAAAGAUAUGUUUAAUAUAUAAUAUGUAUAUGUAUGUGUGCCUUUCUGACACGUGUGGUUAGGCCAAAAAAUCUUGUUGUAUGUUUUUAAAAUAAAUCGAGAUAAUUUGUUCGCAGAAUAA